AUUGCUCUUGGUCCAAUUGGAGUACGUCUGCCUAAAGUAGGAAGACCUAUGAACAUGAGUAGCUAUCAGGACUCUGCGCUUCCCCAGAAGGAGCAGGAGAAAAUGACCAAGUGCCAGGAGACAGUGACAUUCAAGGAUGUGGCUGUGGUCUUCACCGAGGAGGAGCUGGGGCUGCUGGACCUGUCCCAGAAGAAGCUGUACCGAGACGUGAUGCUGGAGAACUUCCAGAACCUGGUCUCAGUGGGACAUUGGAAUCAAAAUGAAAUAGAGACUCUUCAAGAAGUUGGAUUAAGUUACAUUUUUCAUGAGGACUUUAUGCGCAGUGAGAUAUGGGAACUACUUUUAAAUAAGUUAACCAGAAAUCAAGACUUGGUAAUAAAUAUGCAAGGCAAGAAGUUUGAUUUGCCAAAACAAGGUGAUUCUUUCUGUCAUUUGUUGGCAGGAGAAUCUAUUCAAGUUUCUGAAGAUGAGAACUAUGUAACAAAGCUUCAAAGGGAAUUUCAAAGUUCCAAUAAUAUAAAAAAUCAAGAAUUUCCAAUUAAUAUCACCUCUGAAUUCUGGAAGAAAAUGUAUCAGAGAGAGUCACAGAAUUAUCAGAGUAGGUGUGAGCAGGUUGACGGAAGAUGUAAAUUGUGCAAGUGUGAUCAUUGUGUUAUGCAAAGGACCUCUCAUGACCAUGAAGGUAGUCAGAAAGUACACAAUAGUAAGAACUCUUAUAACCACAAGGACUGUGGAAAGGACUUCAUGAAGAAAUUAUUCCAGUAUAGUAUAAUCCACUCAGGAGAGCAAACUUCUGAUGAGAAUCAAAAAGGCGGUAGCCUUGGCCCCAGUCUUGAACUUCAUCAGCUGUUGCACCUAGGAGCAAAACACUGUAUGCGAAGUGAGUAUGGGGACAGCAUCAGUUACAACUAUGUUCCUUGCACUCAUCAAAGUGUUUCCACAGAAGAGAAAUGCAGUAGAAAUGAUGAUUGUGGUGAGGACUUUAGUCAAAGCUCACAUCUGCAAAUUCAUCAGAGAGUCAGCACAGGAGAAAAACCCUACAAGUGUGCUGUGUGUGGGAAAGGCUUUAGUCAGAGUUCACAUCUUCAAGUUCAUCACCAAGUCCACACUGGAGAGAAACCCUACAAUUGUGCUGUGUGUGGGAAGAGCUUCAGUCGGAGUUCACAGCUUCAAGCCCAUCAGCGAGUCCACACUGUGGAGAAGACAUACAAAUGUGAGAAAUGUGGUACAGUCUUUAGUCGCAGUUCACAUCUUCAAGAACAUCAACAAGUCCACACUGGAAAGAAUCCCUACAAAUGUGAUGUCUGUGGUAAGAGCUUCAGUCAGACUUCAAGUCCUCAAGCGCAUCAGCGAAUCCACACUGGAGAGAAACCCUACAAAUGUGCUGUGUGUGGUAAGAGCUUUAGUCAGACAUCACAUCUGCAGGUUCAUCAGCGAGUCCACACUGGAGAGAAACCCUACAAAUGUGCUGUGUGUGGUAAGAGCUUUAGUCAGACAUCACAUCUGCAGGUUCAUCAGCGAGUCCACACUGAAGAGAAACCCUACAAAUGUGCUGUGUGUGGGAAAGGCUUCGUGUGGAGCUCAUAUCUUCCUGUUCAUGAGAGGAUCCACACAGAAGAGAAACCCUACAAAUGUGAUGUGUGUGGAAAGAGCUUCAGUCAGAGUUCACAUCUUCAAGCCCACCAGCGAGUCCACACUGGAGAGAAACCUUACAAAUGUGCUGUGUGUGGUAAAAGCUUCAGUCGAAGUUCACAUCUUCAAGCCCAUCAGCGAUUCCAUACAGGAGAGAAACCCUACAGAUGUGCUGUGUGUGGUAAGAGCUUCAGUCAGCCCUCAAAUCUUCAGUACCAUCAGCGAGUCCACACUGGCGAGAGACCCUACAAAUGUGAAGAGUGUGGGAAAGGCUUCAUGGUGAGCUCAAGUCUUCACGUUCAUCAGAGGAUCCACACAGGAGAGAGACCCUACAAAUGUGGCUUGUGUGGUAAGAGCUUCAGUCAGACUGCAAGUCUUCAAGCUCAUCAGCGAGUCCACACAGGAGAGAAACCCUACAAAUGUGCUGUGUGUGGGAAAACCUUCAGUCGGAGUUCAUAUCUUCAAUCCCAUCAACGAGUCCACACUGGAGAAAAACACCACAAAUGUAGUGUGUGUGAUAAGAGCUUCAGUCAUAUCUCAAGUCUUCAAGACCAUCAGCAGGUUCACAGUGUCUAAAAACCCUUCAAAUAUGAAGAGUUUGGGAAGGCUUGAAGUGGAGCUCAUGUCUUCAUGUUCAUCAGAGGAUCCACACAGAUAAACCCUAUAGCCCGGCUAGUGUUGCUCAGUGGUUAAACAUCAAUCCAUGCACCAAGCGGUUGCCAGUUCUUUUGC